CCAUAUUUAUCCAUGCCGGGCAAGAUGGCGGCGAUAUGGACGAGGUGUUAUUGGCAGUGGACAUAAAAAGGAAUUUUAUUCACAAAACAACGCCGAGUCGGAUACAUUUUUACACUCGGUUGUUUUGUGUGUGUCUCUGCCACGCAACGGGCGUCGACAUCUUUUUUUAUUUCACGCAUUUCAACGUUUUUGUCUCACAAAAUGUUCACGUUGUAGUUCGCUCGCUAACCGUCCAGCUGGCUAACAGAGAGCAGCCACUAGCUAGCUAGCCGAACAUCACAGGCAAGCCGCCGCCGUGAAGUGUAGAAUGGGAGAAAAGCUGGAGCUCAAGCUCAAAUCGCCGGUUGGAGCAGAACCCGCUGGCUACCCGUGGCCGUUACCAGUAUACGAUAAACAUCAUGAUGCUGCUCAUGAAAUCAUUGAGACCAUUCGGUGGGUGUGUGAGGAGAUUCCAGACCUCAAACUUGCAAUGGAAAACUAUGUACUCAUUGACUAUGACACAAAAAGCUUCGAGAGCAUGCAGAGACUUUGUGACAAGUACAACAGGGCCAUUGACAGCAUUCACCAGCUAUGGAAGGGGACCACCCAACCCAUGAAACUGAACAAACGUCCGUCUAAUGGGCUGCUGAGACACAUCCUACAGCAGGUGUACAACCACUCAGUGACUGACCCUGAGAAGCUGAACAACUAUGAGCCCUUCUCCCCAGAGGUGUAUGGAGAGACAUCGUUUGACCUGGUGGCUCAGAUCAUUGACGAGAUGGAAAUGAUGGAAGACGAUACCUUUGUUGACCUUGGCAGUGGAGUGGGACAGGUGGUGCUGCAGGUUGCAGCAGCCACCAACUGUAAACACUACUAUGGUGUAGAGAAAGCAGACAUUCCAGCCACCUAUGCAGAGAGCAUGGAUAAAGAAUUUAAGAAGUGGAUGAAAUGGUAUGGGAAAAAACAUGGGGAGUACACACUGGAGAGAGGUGAUUUUCUCUCUGAGGAAUGGAAAGAAAGGAUCGCCAAUACAAGUAUUAUUUUUGUGAAUAACUUUGCCUUUGGUCCAGAGGUAGAUCACCAGCUGAAGGAACGCUUUGCUAACAUGAAGGAAGGGGGGAAAAUUGUGUCCUCUAAACCUUUUGCACCUUUAAAUUUUAGAAUAAAUAGUCGAAACUUGAGUGAUAUUGGCACAAUAAUGCGUGUGGUGGAGCUUUCUCCACUGAGAGGCUCAGUGUCCUGGACUGGAAAACCAGUUUCCUACUACCUGCAUACCAUAGACCGCACCAUACUUGAAAACUAUUUUGCUAGUCUCAAAAAUCCUAAACUCAGGGAGGAGCAAGAGGCAGCUAGGCGGCGUCAGCAGAAGGAUACAAAGGAGAGUAAAAGCAAUAAUACCACACCCACAAAACCGAAAGAACAAAACAAGCAGGACUCUUGUGGAGAGGAAGAGCAUCCUAGCUUGGUGACAGUGGUCAAGCCGACUGCCAAACCAAGAAGAGCUCGACUCUUGCCCAAAGGUCGAAAGUUGAACAACAAGAAGCGAGGUCGACCUAAAAAAGCCGCCCCGGCUGCUGAGAAGAAAAACAAGAAGAAUCAGAGCGCACUCGACUUGCUGCAUGCUAAGACCCUUUCUGCAGCGCCCCCUCAGGAUGCAUACAGGCCACCUCAGAGUCCCUUCUACCAGCUACCUCCCAAGGUCCAGCACUAUCCCUCUAGUCAACUGCUGCUGAGCCCGACUCCACCGGGUCUGCAACAACUUCUAGAUAACAUCAAACUUCAAUACCUCCAAUUUAUGACCUACAUGAAGACUCCUCAGUACCGGUCCAACCUGCAGCAGCUUUUAGAAAAGGAGAAGCAAAAGCACAUGGACCUGUCAGGGCAGGCAGAGCAGCUUCAGUCUGUGUGCGAGUCUCACAAGGACAGGAUCAAAGGUCUUUUUCAGACAAAGCUAGAUGAGUUGGGAGUGAAAGCCUUGACUGUGGAGGAUCUGCUGCAGGCCCAGAAGGAGAUAUCGGCUCACAACCUUCAGCUGAAAGAGCAGACUAAACAGCUGGAGAGAGACAUGGCCUUGCUCAGAGACCACAGUCUACUACUGCUGAAGGCCCGAUGUGAGGAGCUGAAGCUUGAUUGGGGUUCUUUGUGUUUGGAAAGUUUGUUGAAGGAGAAGCAAGCACUACGCAGACAAAUCUCUGAGAAACAAAGACACUGCUUAGAGCUACAGAUUAGUAUCGUGGAGCUGGAGAAAAGUCAAAGACAGCAGGAGUUGCUUCAGCUCAAAUCCUACAGCCCCUGUGAUGGCUCCCCAUACAGAAAAAACUUGGACAUGCGCUCUUCCACAGACAUGGACUCCUCAAAGCUUGGCCUGUCUUCAGCCCCAGCCCUCAAUGGCAUCAGUCCAGAGCUUUCUAUUAAUGGCACCAGCUCACCAGGUUUUGAGCGGACCAGCACAAAGGGAGAGCUUCUUUCUCGCUACCUGCCCAUCUCUCCUGACCAUGAAAUUGUUUCUGCCACCCCUGACGCUCGGCAGAGGCAACAUAUCUCUUCCCACACUCUUCCUGACUACACACGCUUCUCCCCUGCCAAAAUUGCAUUGCGGAGGCACCUAAACCAGGACUCCAAUGCUCACUUGAGGGGUCCGGGAUUGACCACACACAGGGAAUUUGGUAACGUUAACUCUUCACUCGGAGCCAAACAAAACUACCCCUCCCCAAAUGCAUCUGACGCACAGAAAGGUUCAGAGAGGGGUGGUAAGGAGAAAAGUCCGUCUGUUCAGGGUGACAGUAGCAUUACGAGUCUGCCUAUCAGCAUCCCUCUGAGCACUGUCCACCCAAGUAAACUACCAGUCAGCAUUCCAUUGGCCAGUGUUGUGCUGCCCAGUCGAGCUGAGAGACUGAGAAGUACUCCAAGUCCUGUUUCUCAGGCAGGCCAGACCAAUGGAUAUUCAUCCAGCUCAGGGCUGAUGAAUGGAGGUCCCCACUCUGAGGAUCACAAUGGUGCUUUAUCAUCACCUCUUCCACAUAGCAACAAUCCAGUGACUGGACAAAUAGGUCGUGCAGGUCCCAUUCAGAGCCCCCCAAUCAGUACUGGAGGGGUGCUCCAGUAUGCAGAUGGACCACCAAGAAUUCUGCCAGAGGAUGGACAAGACCACCAGGCGGGUGAAUCUGACACUGAGCCCCAGGACAAUGAACUGCAAAGGAGAAUCUUCUUCUCUUCCUCUUCAUCCUCAUCUUCCUCUUCGUCAGGCAGUGGAGGCAGUUCAGCCGGAGGAUCACGCUUCCACCAUCACACUGGCAACUCAGCCAAGCAGGGAUACCACAGUAACCAUGGAAACCACCACCACCACCACCACCAUCAUCACCAGUCUCCCGGCACACAGCACACACCCACACACGCGUUGUCAUCACAUUCCUCUCACAGCUUUGGCUCUCAAGAGGGACGCAAGCGGGGGAGAAGGAAACGCAGCUCUGCAGGGGCUGUGACAGCCAGUGGAUCCCCAAAGAGGAGGUCAUUCCCUGGACUCAGCUCUUCCAACCACUCCUCAGGAUCACCACUCAACAUUAACUCCAUGGUUAACAACAUCAACCAGCCUCUGGAGAUCUCUGCCAUCUCCUCACCAGAACAAUCAAGUCGUAGCCCCAUUGGACCUGACCUAGACCAGCCUCCUGUCUUGAAGAGAGAGCGCCCCCUGGAGCUCAAUGGUACAGGUCAUUACUCCUCGGCCCCCAGCUCUGACGACGAGGACUCAGGAUACCCCGCUGACAGCUCUAGUUCGCGAAUUGAAAGAAAAAUAGCCACUAUAUCAUUGGAGAGCAGAGAUGGACCAAGCAGAUUAGGGGAUAGUGAAAGAGGAAGAAAAUCUGGAAGCAGCAGUGGAAACAGCACGGGUAGUGAUGCUUGCUCUUCAUCUUCCAUGUCCUCUACCAGCAAGUGGAAAUCUACUUUCUCACCUAUUUCCGACCCUAAGCAACCUAACUCCGAUCCGAGACAGGGGGGCUCUCCAUUUGGAAUGGGGGGUUCUAGCCGGGGAACAGACUCCGACUCUGACCACAAACAGCAGCAUCAGCAUGUGAGAAAAACAAGCGAUGGAGAGUCAUCCAGCUACAUGACCCCUAAUCCCUUCCUCAGUCAGGAGGCAGGGCCCCGAGGAGGAGGCAGCAGUGGUGGUGCUGGAGCUCAGGGAGGCAACGGCUCAGACCAACGUCAGGCCCUCCAGAAACAGAAGACUACUCGUGACUGGGAACUGAAGACAAGCAGCAGCCUGGCCAGUCAGAAUCUCUUCAUUUCAGCUGCUGUCAGCAGUGGAGGUGGGAUUCUGAGUGGGAAGGUGGGUGGUAGUCCUGUAGCAGUUUCUUCAACUACGGGCUCAUCUGUAGGACAAUAUCUGGGCUCUCAGUUCCCACUCAGUGGGACGUCAGUCUUACAACCCUUGUUUGGGGCUCAGACAGGCGGAUCCACAGUGGGUGGGACCGCACGGCUCGUCAAUGGACACUCUGCCCUGGGAAGCUUCUCCAGUGCAGGACUGGCAGGGGGAGCAGCUGGAGGUAUAUUUCACCACGUGGUUCCCUCAGUGUCCUCCCAUCAGUUUGGGGUGACGUUACCCACCUCAGGAGGCCUCAGCUCUCUGCUCAGUCUCUCCUCUUCUUCCUCUACCUCUCAAACUCAGCACACCUCCCCCCAACCAGCCUCCACACGCCUGGCCUCAGUGUCCUCACCUCUCCCACUCUCUCAGGCUCAGCACAGCCGCACUCAGUCGGUCCUGCACAGCCCGUCUCCUCCCACGCUCUCCCUGCCCCCUCCACCUCCCCUCCACAGCGUCCCCUCCACCUCUGCACCCACACACUCUGAUGCACCACCGUCGUCUCGAUCAGACUCCCACUUCUCCUCCCGCCUGUCUCAUUCUUCUCUCCAUCACCAGAGAGCGCAGUCAUCCCUCUCUCACUCUAACGCCUCCUCCGCCUCCUCUGCUUCUGUCACCGCUACCACCUCUGCUACUGCCUCCCUCUCCUCCUCGUCUCUGUCAGCCUCCUCCUCGUCCCGUCCAUUUGCAGUGCACUACUCCCCUCGGUUGCCCCCUCCGCCAGCCACCACAAGUUCAGGUGGUAGUGGAAGCAUGUGGAGGAGUCAGGGCAUGCAUGGCACCUAUAUCACCUCCCAGCUCCCCAACACCCGACCUAGAUAGGUUUUUGGGGAGGGGGAGGUGGAGGUGGGGGAAAGAUGAUGAGGGGAAGGGAAAAGGGCAAUCAGAAGGUGGAGAGGGAGAGAAUGAAAGAGAGAAAGAGAGAGGCUGGUAGAGAGUGAGACAGACAGAUUUUCCUGUGCUCCCACAUGCUGUUCUGAUUGAACAAGGUAAUUGAUGAAAACUACCUCAAGAUGAAAUCAACUAUGCAAAUGUCCAGGUGCAGACCAAGGCACUGUCUUCACUCGCUGGUGCUUCAAAAUGUCUGCACUACCCAACCCAAGUGGGGUCUCUGACACACACACACACACACACACACACACACAGACACUCACCAGCACCACCACUAUGGUUACCUUAAACAGAAUUCCUAGGUACUGGUUGUUCUCAUGUGAGGACUGUUGUCAUAUAAUUACGUUUGAAGGUUUUACAUGAUGAAGAACAGUUCUGGCUGCUGCCCAGCACUGGCUUAACUGAGUAUUCAUGUCUGGUGGUUUAACAUUAAGGUGCUCAAUAGUCUUGAUAUUUUUUCAUUUACUUGUCUUAGUCACUAUUACAGCAACUAUUGUUCUGCAAAAUAAACCGUUUUUUUGAGUGGCUUGAGGGAACGUUUAACAAAACAGUCCACCUUUUUGUGCUGAAUCUGAUCAGGUGUCCCAUGACUUCCUUCCAAAAUUUCUAUCUGUGUGUGUGUGUGUGCACGUAUGGACUCAAACACACACCCACAGGCCAGUUCAGUGAACUCUGCUUAGAUGUCAUGCAGCUUUUUAAUUCUGCAUGAUUCCUCUUCCUUCAGUGAAAUUCAGUGUUUGUUGCAGCAUAUUUGACUAUUAAGAUGAGGAACUUAAUAUUUUGGUCUAAACCUCACACUGGAUAGUAAGAUGUAAGUUAGACUCAUGUAGCAAAAAUGUUCUGGCUGACGUGUUGACAUCCCAUUAACUUUGGUUAUGUUGAUAAUUGACCAUAUAUUUAUAUUAGGGAUGGGAGGAUUCCACUUUUUUCUGUCCGAUACCAAUAUCACAAACUCAAGUAUCUACCGAUUUUAUUUUAUUCCGAUACAGUCAUUUUAGGCCAUUUAUGAACUAUGAAGCUGUUACCAACUCGUUUGUACCGAGUCAUUUCAAAGACAUAAUUCUCCAACUGUGUGACAAAUAUUGAAGAAAUAAACAGCCCACACAUGACUCAGCUAAAAUGCUUUUGCUGAUUUUUAUUUACAUUUUUGCAUUCUGUGCAUAGUGAAGCAUGCGAUAUAUAUGAUUUUUGGAUCGUAUCAGAUCUUACAUUUUUAUCUGUCCGAUGUCUGAUCCAAUGAUUUUGACCAGGUUCGGACCGAUACUGAUUCCCAUUCCUAACUUAUAUUGACAAAUUUAAAACUGUGGCUUAUUCAUUUGGCAUAGUGGUACUGUGGUUAGCAGUGGUGCCUCACAGCAAGAAGGUACUCUGUUUGAAUCCCAGUACAACCACAGCCUGUCUGUGUGGAAUUGACACAUUCUUCUUUGUUCUUCAGCUUCCUCCCAAGGUCCAAAGACAUGCAGAUUGGGGUUAGAAUUCAGGUGAUGGAAUGGUUAUCAACCCAUGAUGAAUUCUGCCUCUUACUCAGUGGGAUUGUGGAUGGAUACAAUUAAUUCUCUUUACCCAAAAGCAAAAUGGUGCCAAAAUGAUAAAACUCUGCCCUAUGUUGAGCAAAACCUGUUAAAGUCGCGGUGUGUCGUCUUUAUUUGUUACUGUCCGAGGCGGCUGUAAAAACAUGGUGGCUAAAGAUGACAGUCUAAAUGUGAUGUAAAUGCUUCACUAAGCACAAGUGACAUGCUGUAGAGACACAGACCACCACUGUCAUGUGACCAGGGUGUGCGUGAGGGCUGCACAUAACUGCCACACUGAUGAAGGGUUUAGUUUUUGAAAUGGCUGGUUGGAGCAAGGUGGUUAUGAUCGGCUUUGUUGAUGUAGAAGAGGUAAAAAGCUGUAUCUCAAUUCAAGGUUAAUAAUGGUAUCCAGCCACCCCCCUGCAUGAUUCCUAUUUUAAAGUGAUGACACACACUUAUACAUAGUUAAAGGUAAUAUGUAUUAUUUCUCCCAUUAAACCUUUCUAAACAUAAGAAGAAAAUAAACUUUAAGUUCACACGCUGAGUGCUUCAGUGUUUGUCUUCUAAUAUCAGGUAUUCAAACGUAUCAGUAAAAGUAUCUUUGGAAUAUUACAUACAUUCCACAUUUCUCCAAAUAAAGGAAGACCUGUGUAUACUUUAAGUUGUUUCGUAUAAAAGGAAUAAAUAUGGUGAAUUAUCAACAUUUCUAUGGGUGUCACUCACGCCGAGCCGAACACAUUAGCACAGUACAUACAUUUUAAUGUUUUUCUUCUUUAAAAAAAAUAAAAUAAAAAAUAAUAAUAAAAAAAGACCCAAUGAAAUUGAUUAAAUGAAAUGGUGCUCAGUGUUUUGUGUAUUGUUAGCCACUCUUGUAGAAACCCUCUGUUAGUGUCAGGGGGACGUGGCUGCACUGUUGUUAAGUGAAACUUAAUCCAGGUGUAAAAUGAAUAACAGUAAAACCACAGGAGAUUUAAUCAUUUCUCUAUUUAUUAAUGUUUUUGCCUUUUGGACAUUUUGCUAAAUCACACUACUCUGUAGAGCCACAGCAGGAAUUUUUUAACUCUUCUUAUGCUGAAUUUAGUCAUAUUUAUCUCUGCUGUGGGAACGAUGCAGCUUUAAGCAAAAUGUGUAAGGACAUUUAUCUGUGGAGCUAUUUUCCAUUUGGUUAAUACAACAACACACACAUACACACGCAUGCAUGCAAACCCUCACACACACACACACACACACACACACACUGGGAAAACACAAUUAACCAAGACCACGACAAACUACUGGACUCUUUCUACAACUUUUAUUUUUUUGCUUUUUUUUGUAAACAUUGUUUGUACUGUGAAUGUGAUCCAUUCUCCAACUGUAUAGUUGUGUAUAAUUUAGAUUAUUAUAUUUAUGCUGUCAGUCUCUCCAUUUGCCUUGGUAUUUGUUUUCCUCUUUUUUUUAUUUUUAAAUCCUUAAUUGUUUGGACAUUGUAGAAUGCAAGUGUGUGUAUAUGUGUGUACUUGACUCACAGUCUGAAAAUGAUGGUGCUACGUUUGGACUGUGCCUGAACUUAUUUAUUCUACAGUGAAAACAAAUGGAACACUUGGUGCUGUACACAGAGACAUUUGUAAAGCCUUUUUAUUUUUUUGGCAUUUUCUUUCUCAUAUUUAAUGUGCUAUUGUCUGGUUCUUUGAAUGGUUCGUGUACAGCUGCUGACACCGUCUUUUCCAUAAAUGCUACUCUGCAUCAGGUGGCUCAGAGUAAACAGGUAUAAAUAAGGGGCCUCGCUUCAUGUUUCUCACGCAGCUGUCCUGUCAACAGCAAGUUGAUUAUCUAUACGUGAACAAGACACACUGUUUUUGUACAUACGCUUUUGUUUUUCCAUGGAUGUCUCCAUUAUAAACCGAAAGGUAUAUAAAAUGUUUAUAUAUAUAUAUAGUCUCUUAAAAUAUAUGAGGAUAUAUAGAUAAAUAUAUAUAUAUAUAUAUAAGUCAAUAGGGUUCUUUGAAUCUGGCAUUGUGACCCAUAAAUUCAACCUGUUAAACAGGAGGCUGGAAGCCCGGGAGAGUGAAGCGUUGCCACCGCACGACCUUAACAGACGGCGUCCAACAAUAUGACGACACAACAGCGUUUGUGUCUUAGUGCUGCAAUUCACAAACUGUGUGUUUUUGACACGCAGCGGUGCUGUGACUCCAAACUCUACUGUUCCAGCUCUAGAACUGUUACCAUUUCUAUUAUCAGAUGUUUUCACGUCUGCUUCUGAGGUUAUUUUUUUCAUAGCCAACCUUCUAGUUCAGAGUACUAGACUAAAAAUGGUGCUUCUGUUUCUGUACAUCAAGUUAUACCAACUCGGUCUCUACUGGUGCAUACAGACCUAAGUGUCCGACUGUUCACACACACACACACACACACAGUCUGUGGACGUCUUACUGACGAGGCCCUCCCGUGUAGUGUAAGCAUACUGUGAGACGUGAUGUGAAACACUUGUGUUAGCGUGUAUGUGUGCAUCACUCGGCCAAGAGUGAGAGUAGCCAAGCUUCUUUCUUCUUCUCUCAUUAUGGGAAUUCACUUAAGCUCAAGCUUUGUGUGUGUGUGUGUGUGUGGUUUUCUUUUCCCACUUGACGGUGCAUAUCACAGAGAAGAUUAGAGUAAAAAUCAAAGCUUUAUAGUGAACUGUCCUGUGCACUCACUUUGUAAACACAAAUGUGUUUGAGAGAAAAGAAGAGAGUUGUUUUAGAACCUAUUUAGAGACGAUUAGAGUCCAUUUCUUACCAGCACUGAGGUCCUUUGUAAUUAUUGUCAAUGCUGUUAUGAUUUUCUUAUUCUUGAUGUUUGAUACAAUUGCAGUUCAAUGUUAUGCUUCAGAUUCCUGUCAGUUUUUUAAUACUACUAGUCAACACGGUGCUCUCCUUCACUUAAAUCCAGGAAAUUGCAGCUAUUGAUACUCAAAUAUUGCUCUUCUGUCUUGCAGGGCUUUAUCAGUAAUAAUCAUCAACACAACAAAAAACAUUCUGUCGGCUUUCUGGAUGAUCUAGUCCAGUGUAAGGAAGUGUUUCUAACUUGGCAGCAGAGCGUUGUGGUGUGUGUGAAAGUGAGAAUAGUCUAUGGAAACACUCGUUUUACAUCUAUUACAGCUUUUCUUUUUUUCUUUUUCAUUUUUACAAUCGGUGAAAGGGAUUCGGUGUUGUUAUCAAAGUACUUUGGUGCAAUAGCAUGAUUUGAAUUUCCGUCUUCUCUGCGGUUCUCCAUCCUGGUACAUAAUCCUGCAGGUAAUCUGUGAGAGCUUUCGCAGUCGACGCUGUUUACUCUAAAUCCCGCCAAAGGUCUAAACUCAGGAACUUUCCAGGUUGCUUGAAACAAUGCAAAUUAUUCUCUUUCAACUACUGCAUGUCUUGAACCUGUUCACCAUCAGGUGGCACGAUGAAGUCCCUCUGUAUCCCAACUCAGGACCAGUAAAAGCUUUUUAGUAAAUGAGGUGAAAUUAUCCAGCUGCCUUGUCAGAUUUCCUCAGACUGAUUCUCACCGUCACAUGCAUCAGCCUCUGCAGUGAAAUGCAGCUUUAUAAAGCUCCAUCAGAGCCGCUUUGGUCUUUAAAAGCUGUGAAAUGGCUCCGACUUUCGGCAUCUUCCUCAUCUCACAAAUGCCUCUGUCUAGAUUCGUCAAUCUAAGGAGGUUCACUGUCCUUUUGUUGGGAUUCCUCUCAUUAGGUGAUUUUUAAGGAGGGGAGUAAUCUGACUAUAAAGGACAGACAUGAACUGAAGUAUGUGUCUUCUAAGGCCAUGACAGGUUUGAGGUGCAAUAACAACAAACCUAAUUUCCAAAAGACCCUGGGUUUUCAUGGAAAAUGUUGUUACUGUUUGGUGUUGGUGCUUUUAUCCUAAGAUGUUAUAAUGGAACAUGGAAUAAAUGUUUUUUCCCUGCGUUUUAUAAUUAUUAAUAAAAUGUUUCAUAUAAUAUUUGAA